AUGGUAAUACAUUUUUUUCCUCAUGUGGCUAAUCGUGGUUCAUUUUUUCUCAGGUGGCUAAUCGUGGUUCAUUUUAUUCUUAGAUGUCUCUUCCGUCUUUCUAUCUAUCUAUCUAUCUAUCUAUCUAUCUAUCUAUCUAUCUAUCUAUCAGUCUCUUCAUAUAUAUCUAGCUAUCUAUCUCUCGAUAUCAAUCUCUUCAUAUCUAUCUAUCUAUCUAUCUAUCUAUCUAUCUAUGUUUGUUCAUUAUCUAUCUAUCACAGUCUGCACAUUAUCUAUCUAUCUAUCUAUCUAUCUAUCUAUCUAUCUAUCUAUCUAUCUAUCUAUCAGUCUCUUCAUAUCUAUCUAGCUAUCUAUCUCUCGAUAUCAAUCUCUUCAUAUCUAUCUAUCUAUCUAUCUAUCUAUCUAUCUAUCUAUGUUUGUUCAUUAUCUAUCUAUCUAUCUAUCUAUCACAGUCUGCACAUUAUCUAUCUAUCUAUCUAUCUAUCUAUCUAUCUAUCAGUCUCUUCAUAUCUAUCUAGCUAUCUAUCUCUCGAUAUCAAUCUCUUCAUAUCUAUCUAUCUAUCUAUCUAUCUAUCUAUCUAUCUAUCUAUCUAUGUUUGUUCAUUAUCUAUCUAUCUAUCUAUCACAGUCUGCACAUUAUCUAUCUAUCUAUCUAUCUAUCUAUCUAUCUAUCUAUCUAUCUAUCAGUCUCUUCAUAUCUAUCUAGCUAUCUAUCUCUAG